GACAACAAAACAAUCAGCUCCAGAGAAUUCUCCAGAAAGAAAACAAAUCCUCUUCUUCUUCUUCUCCAAAUUUCUCGAAUUCACUCUCAAGCAAUGACUUCUCUGCAAUUACACUGCUCUCUUCACUUCCUCAGUCCAAAACACCGUCUCCGCUACUCUCCUAUCUUCACUCCCCGCACCUUCCACUUUCCCGGGAAAAUCAAAUUCCGUCAAAGUUUCAGAAUCAAAGCCAAACCUAAUUCGUUCCGUUGCUUCACUCAAUCGGAUACGAAGGAAGUAAGUUUACCUGAGUUUGAGGAACGAUCUUCGUUUGAUAUCAAUCUCGCCGUUAUCCUCGCUGGUUUUGCUUUCGAAUCCUACGCUUCACCUCCGGAAAAUAUUGGGAAGCGAGAGGUUAAUGCAGCUGGAUGUAACACUCUCUACCUUUCUGAGUCAUUUGUUAGGGAGAUUUAUGAUGGACAGUUGUUUAUUAAACUCAAAAGAGGAUUUGAGUUUCCUGCUUUGGAUCCAUGGGGAACGAGUGAUCCUUAUGUGGUGAUGGAUUUGGAUGGUCAGGUUGCUAAAAGCAAAACCAAAUGGGGGACAAAAGAGCCAAAAUGGAAUGAAGACUUUGUUUUUAAUAUCAAGCUGCCUCCUGCAAAAAAGAUAGAGAUUGCAGCUUGGGAUGCAAACCUUGUUACCCCACAUAAACGGAUGGGAAAUUCCGAAAUCAACCUGGAAUCCGUUUGUGAUGGAAACUUGCACGAGGUGUUAGUAGAACUAGACGGAAUUGGAGGUGGUGGAAAAGUUCAACUGGAGAUUAAGUACAAGGGAUUUGAAGAAGUUGAAGAAGAAAAGAAGUGGUGGAGGUUCCCGUUUGUUUCAGAAUUCCUUCAAAGAAAUGAAAUUAAGUCAGUUCUGAAAAAUUUUGUUGACUCUGAAGCAGUUGAGUCAGUUUUGAAAAAUCUUGUCGACUCUGAAGCCGUGCCAGCACGUCAAUUUGUAGAGUAUGCCUUUGGACAGUUAAAGUCACUCAAUGAUGCCCCCCUUAAGAAUAUUAAACUUCUAAACAAUGCUGCGGAGGACUCUGAAGGUGAAGAAAACUCUAAUGAUCAUUCUCCAGCGGUAGAUAUGCUUUCUGAUGAGGCUAGUGCAGAGGAUUCAUCCGAUCAAGAUCGCAGUACUGAUCUUAGUAGUUCAGAAAAGCUUAGCAAAGAUAAAGAUGGUGAUGGUGAUGGCCACAUCAAUGAACUGGAGGGUGACAAUGAAAAUGGCAGCAAUUUCUGGGAUAACAUCCCUCACAUAGUUGGUCAAAGUAUUGUUCAGAAACUUGGCCUUCCUUCACCUGAGAAAUUGAAGUGGAACGGAAUGGAACUACUGGAAAAUUUUGGUCUACAAUCAAGAAAAACUGCAGAAGCCGGUUACAUUGAAUCAGGGCUUGCUACUGCUGAUACUCGAGAAGGUGAUGAUAAAAAGGAAGAUGGCCAGCUCGCUAUUAAUGCGCCCAAGUCUUCCCUUACGGACAUGAAGAAUGCGACACAAGAAUUGCUUAAGCAGGCUGAUAAUGUCUUUGGUGCAUUAAUGGUUUUAAAAGCUGUAGUGCCUCAACUAAGUAAGGACAGUCUUGGUACAGAGAAGGUCAUGGAAAAAGAUGGUGCUCCCAGUGUAACGGACUCUAAGAGUGAAAAACUCUCUGGUCUUGUGAAUGUUGAUGGAGCGGAUGAAAAGAAUGCUGAGGAAAUGAAAACACUCUUUUCUAGCGCAGAAAGUGCCAUGGAGGCAUGGGCAAUGCUUGCAACUGCUCUGGGGCAUCCAAGCUUUAUCAAAUCUGAGUUUGAAAAGCUAUGUUUUCUAGAAAACGACAUCACUGACACACAGGUGGCAAUUUGGCGUGAUACAAGAAGGAAAAGAGUAGUUAUCGCUUUCAGAGGAACUGAACAGACAAAGUGGAAAGACUUGCAGACUGAUUUGAUGCUAGUUCCUGCUGGUCUGAAUCCUGAACGAAUUGGUGGGGACUUCAAGCAAGAAGUACAGGUCCAUAGUGGAUUUUUGAGUGCAUACGAUUCAGUACGGAUAAGGAUAAUAUCGCUGCUCAAAAUGGCAAUUGGCUACAUAGACGAUGUUGAUGAGCGUGAAGAUAAAUGGCAUGUUUAUGUGACUGGUCAUAGCUUGGGUGGUGCAUUAGCUACACUCUUGGCUCUUGAACUUUCUUCCAGCCAAUUAGCUAAACGUGGAGCAAUCACUGUUACCAUGUACAAUUUUGGAUCUCCAAGAGUAGGCAACAAACAAUUUGCUGAAAUUUAUAACCAGAGAGUAAAAGAUAGCUGGAGAGUUGUAAACCAUAGAGACAUAAUUCCCACAGUCCCUCGCUUAAUGGGCUAUUGUCAUGUUGCUCAUCCUGUUUAUCUCACUGCUGGAGAUGUGGAGGAUAUUGAGUUCCAGAAAGAUGGUUAUCAUGCUGAGGUGAUUGGGGAAGCCACACCUGAUAUUCUUGUUAGUAGAUUUAUGAAAGGUGAGAAGGAACUCGUUGAGAAAAUCCUUCAAACUGAAAUUAAAAUAUUCAAUGCACUUCGUGAUGGAAGUGCCCUUAUGCAGCACAUGGAAGAUUUCUAUUACAUCACACUGUUAGAGAGUGUGAAGUUAUAUUACAAAACUGUUGAAGAUCCGAAAGGCGUUGAAAAUACUACUAUCCAAUCAGUGGGAGAGAGCUAAGUGAGAGCAUGUAGUGGCUCGCUCCAGCUAUAUAGGAUUCACAUUGUAUACUAUUUACAAGAGACAAGCAUCCACUGGGUCGCAUGAAAGGAAUAAUGUGUACCAAAUUGU